AUGGCCUCCUUCCAGCAGGUCGUGAGCAACUGGGCCAUGCUGCAACUUGACAAUGGCUUUAACAACAUCGUCUUCAAGGACACGGAAAUGCAGCCUCAUAUGCGACGUCGCGUUUCCUACAAGAAACCAGCGAGCCACGCGACCCAGAAGCGCCCAGCCAUCCAGAAGUGGCCAGCCACCGUCGUCCUGAAACGCUUCCACAGUUACUCAAAAGCGCGGAAAGAGCUGGAGGAGAAAGCAGCCUCCGUGAACCUUCACAAGGGAGAUCGAGUGUGGACGAGGUGCUGGGUCCGGGUAGCGCAGCCAGGGCCGGAAGGAGGCAUGGAUAUGCCGCAGAAAAGCAAGAAGCCUGAGCUCGGCAUGAUCGCCGAGGAGUCUGAAGACGGCAACUUCUUCGUCAUCCAGUUUGAGAGCAAGGAGCACGAGCUUGAGCGGCUCGCGAUGCUCGAGAAGAAGAGGUAUCGCCGCAUCCGGCCGUGGCUGAGGUAUCCGCGGUUCUUCGAGGGGAAAACGCAGAAGAUCAAGCGGGACUGGAUCCAGACGAGCCGGCCUCCACCCCGACUCUGCAGCUGCAAGCGGCAGGAGUGGGGCCACGAGUGCCCCUGCGGCAUCACCUGCAAACGCGUCUCCAGACCGGACGUGUGGGGUGUGGAUCAAUGA